AUGAUCACAUCCUCGCCCACCAUCUCGCAACCUCCCUCGCCCAACACCACCUUUCACACCCCCGCCCACCGCCCCUACCAGCAUGCCUCGCGACGCACCUCCAUCUCCUCCAACACACACUCCCCCCGCUUCGCCGUGACCAAUUCAGCACAGCGGCGAUUCGACGCGCCGCAAACACCAAAGCCCACCUGCUGCCAACCCUCGCCCGUACCAGCCUUUGCGCACUCACCCCAGAGCCGCAAGAGAAGCUACGCGGACCACGGCACCCAGUACACCCCGCCAGGGUUUCCCCCCACCUACCGCCCUCCGCCCACCAUUGACACCCACGCCCAAACUCUCACCGAGCCGGCCACCAGUACCACCAACAACACUACCACCACCACCGCCACCAUCGCCUCCACCGAGGACCACCACACCAUAACCAACGCUACUGCUCCUGCUAUAGACUCGCAGAGUGUACCUGCAAUCCCGCCCACACAGCGGGGCACCGCCCCCGCCGCGCCUGCAGUCACGGAGCCUCCAGAGCCUCAGCUGCGGGAAUCUCCGCAGUCUGCUGCGCCCGCACGCAAUGCCUUGGCCUCCGCUCGUCCCGCAUCGCGCGAUGGUGUCCUCCCUGUGGUAGAGCCUGGGUCCAUUGCACCAGAUGCAAGCACCGUCUUGCGCGUGCCUGCAUCGCCAGCCAAAAGAGCCCGUCCUGAGGAACCCAAUCUCAAAGUAAUGCCCCUCCAGUAUGAGACUUGUGACGUCAAGGAUCUUGGUGUACUCAUUUCCGACAUGCUCAUGGAGCUGGUGCGCCUGAACGAUGGCUAUCCGUUGCGGGACGGUACUUUGACAAGAUUCCAUUCAAGAGCACCCCCUGGCAUAUCCGUCCGCGACUAUCUCUCCCGCCUCAUUGUGCACGCGACCCUAUCUCCACCAAUCCUCCUCUCCAUGGUCUUCUACGUCGACAAGCUAUGCGCCAUGUACCCCGCCUUCACAAUCAGCAGCCUGACUGUACAUCGGUUUCUCAUAACAGCUGCGACGGUUGCGGCCAAGGGCCUCAGUGACAGUUUUUGGACAAAUAGCCUGUACGCAAGAGUCGGUGGAGUCAGCGUUCGCGAAUUGGCGCUACUGGAGCUCGAGUUUCUGAGGAAGCUAGACUGGCGGAUAGUUCCCAAGCCGGAGGUUCUUGUAGACUACUACAAAGGCCUGGUCGACCGUGGGACUGGAUACGUCAUGGAGAAGUUGCCCGAGUCGGCGUCUACUGCCAGCUCCACCCAAGUCCCUCCUCCUAACGGAUCGUCAGCCACAGGUAUUCACACCAACGAAUCAGGCGUAUAA